CAAUUUCCAGGCCUAGCCCGAGGUGAUAUUGUUACAAGGCACAUACACCCAUGCAUAUGCUGCAUGAUGAUGAGGAUGGACAGAUGCAGAGGUCACACGAGGAGUGAUAUGAGGAGGUAAGUCACCUGGAACAAUUGCUUUCAGGAUUUCGCUGAGGAAGGAUGAUGCUAUUGCUGAUGCUACUGCCAAGAUACUCGAAUGCUUUCUUUGACGAUCGAUAAGCUCAAUGAUUCGCAAACAUCAGCACAGCAGCAGCAGCAGCCGCAGUAGUGGCAGCAGUGCCAGCUAUUGCUUGGGACAUUGAAUGGGCUCCAAGCUGCGGCAACAUUCUCUUUCAAGUGUGAGGAAGCUGCAAGAGUUAGUACAUGACUCUAAUGUACAACUGGCGCAGUUUCGAAAUGUAGUCCAGUGCAUUGGGACUGGCCAAGAUGGAUUUCAACUUCGCAAUGAUGUUGACUUGUUUGGUCGAGCAUGCAUUAGAGCCUGUGAAGCCGCCAAAAGUUGCAUUCUGCCUCAGCUUCGUCAUGAAAGUGUUGAAUUUACGCGGCAUGCAUCGCAGUUUAUUGGUUGUGUAAAUGCAUGCGUGGUUGAAAUGCGACGCUGCGCUGCGCUUGAGCGUACGUUUCCGAACGGUGAGCCAUGCAUCACUCAGCAACAAAUCGAACACAUGGAAGAAAUGUUGGAAACGUUAGAAAAUUUAAUCACUGUACAUUAUUCAACCAGUGAAUCAUCCCCUGCUGAACGUGUCACGCCAAGACGACGACGCGCUACCAACUGUCGACCCGCCUGUGUGUGCUCAAAAUUGAAAACCAGCUAUGCAUAGUAGUAGUUUUCUGUUUACUUGUAAUUUAUCUUACACUGAGAGAUAUAAAACUUGUUGGAUACUUCACCUUUGACUUAGACCUGCGAUGAAGAAAAGAAUGAAUUUUCCAAAAUGUAAAUCUUUUUAUAGUGUUAGGAUAUAUAUUUUAUAGUGUUAGGAUGUAUGUAAAGCAAAGUGAAAAGAAGGAGGUCGCUGUUAAGAGUAGUGGUACGCAAAUUAAGAAGCUAUAAUGAC